AUGAUAGCUCAUCAAGCUAAGCUGACCCAAAUUCAAUGGCUGGGAUAUUUCAAUACUCACAAAAGGAUCGAUAACUGUCUCAAUGUUAACGGGACUGGCCAAGCGGAACGUUUACCUUCUAUGAACAAUCCGACACCUAAAACGCAAAUUUGCUGCUUUGAUCUCAAUAUUGUUGCCAUAACUUUAUCUACAACCCGGGUACCCGUGACUGGUAUGCCAGGUGAUUGCAUCAUGCCAUGCGAUGGGAAUAGUGCCGAGAGAUGUGGUGGUGGUGCUUCGAUUACACUUUAUCAGAAGUGUGGUGCAGACGAAUGUACAGCUUCCAGUGCAUCAACCGCUGUUUCGACUCGAUCGCAGAGUGUAAAGAGAAGUAGGAGAAGGAGAAGACUCGGUUUUCAGAUGGGAUAG